AUGGAUAGAGCAGUCAAUCGCAGCUACGGCGACGAGUGUAUUAGCAUUAACGGAGAGGUUGUGGAGCAAGUGGAGGAGUUGAAGUACCUCGGAAUCAUUUUUAAUAGUGAUGGGAAAUUUGAGGAAGAGAUCGAUCGGCGAACUGGAGUAGCCAGUGGCGUUCUGCGUGAACUCAUGCGAACGGUUGAACUAAAGAAGAGAUGCCUAUAUGCGAUCAUUAGGCGACAGAGACUUGGUGCAUGGCCUGCUGCUUGCCAGAGUGAGAAGUCACAGCUGCGAUGGUGUGAUCACGUGUUGAGAAAACUUUCAGAAAAGAAGGCGCAAAAGUCACUGUGCGCCCAACCGAUUGGCCGAGGAUCCCAGGACCAAGGGUCGAGGCCAAGAAAAACCGGUGACAAGUGCAUGAAAGGACUCUGCUCCAGACUUGGGUUAUUGUCUGCCAAAGUUGAGACGUUGGUGAAUAAUCGAGGACGUUGGAGAUACCGUAUGACGCGUCUGCCUCCACAUGUCGAAAGGUUUUGCGAAGCCAUGAAACCGUACCGACCGUCGGCCAUCGAUUUCUAUCCCGCCAGCAGUUCAGACGGGACAGGGACCAUGGGCGACUACUUACUGAGGCGGGAGUGUUGA